GACGUUUCCAAAGCGCGAAGCUAAUAUAAAUUCUAUCAAUUCUAAAAUCUACUGGUCAUUUACUUGCCGCCAGAGCAGACGGAAGAGCUGCGCCUGAGCUGAGUGAGGGUUGAUUAUGGCGGCUGUGAAACGAAAGUCGGCGGACGGGCUGUCAGAGGAGUCUUUGCCUUCAUGUAAACAGAAGAGAGAGAAUGGCGUGGUUAAUGGAAAUGAGUUGGUGGCUUGUUUACAUGAUGUGUCGUAUCCCGAGGGUUACGUACAACCACUCCCUUGCUCGGAUUCUUCUGUUCAGAAUGACAUCAAGCCUGCGAAAGAAUUCCCGUUUACUCUUGACCCUUUUCAGUCUGAAGCUAUCAAAUGUCUUAAGAAAGGCGAGUCCGUCAUGGUUUCAGCACAUACAUCAGCUGGAAAAACAGUGGUAGCUUUAUAUGCUAUUGCAAUGUCGUUGAAAAAUCAGCAGCGUGUUAUAUACACUUCUCCAAUUAAGGCACUCAGUAAUCAGAAAUAUAGGGAGUUCAAGGAAGAAUUCUCAGAUGUGGGAUUGAUGACAGGAGAUGUCACUAUUGAGCCUAAUGCUUCUUGCUUGGUAAUGACCACAGAAAUCUGGCGUAGUAUGCAGUACAAAGGAUCUGAAAUUACUCGUGAGGUGGCCUGGGUAAUUUUUGAUGAAGUACAUUAUAUGCGUGAUCGAGAAAGAGGUGUGGUAUGGGAAGAAAGCAUUGUUAUGGCACCAAAGAAUUCUCGAUUUGUGUUCCUUUCUGCAACUGUGCCUAAUGCAAAAGAAUUUGCUGAUUGGGUAGCAAAGGUUCAUCAGCAGCCAUGUCACAUUGUUUAUACGGAUUAUCGGCCAACACCUCUUCAGCAUUAUAUUUUUCCUGCUGGUGCAGAUGGUUUAUAUUUAGUGGUGGAUGAUAAGGGAAAAUUUAGAGAGGACAGCUUUCAAAAAGCAGUCAAUGCAUUAGUUCCUAAGAGUGAGGGAGAAAAGAAAAGAGAGAAUGGGAAGUGGCAGAAAGGUUUAGUGGUGGGAAAACUUGGAGAAGAAAGUGACAUCUUUAAGAUGGUCAAAAUGAUCAUUCAACGUCAGUAUGAUCCUGUCAUUCUUUUCAGCUUUAGCAAAAGAGAAUGUGAAUUUCUUGCCAUGCAGAUGGCAAAAAUGGAUCUAAAUGAGGAUGAUGAGAAAGCAAAUAUAGAAACUAUUUUUUGGAGUGCCAUGGACAUGCUUUCAGAUGAUGACAAGAAACUACCUCAGGUUUCUAAUAUGUUACCCCUUUUAAAGCGGGGAAUAGGCGUGCAUCAUUCUGGCUUGCUUCCCAUUCUGAAAGAAGUUAUUGAAAUUCUGUUUCAAGAAGGAUUGAUCAAGUGUCUGUUUGCUACAGAGACCUUCAGCAUUGGUCUGAACAUGCCUGCAAAAACUGUGGUGUUCACUAAUGUCCGUAAAUUUGAUGGGGACAAAUUCAGAUGGUUAUCUAGCGGAGAAUACAUACAAAUGAGUGGGCGUGCUGGUCGUCGAGGAAUUGAUGACCGCGGGGUAUGCAUCCUUAUGGUGGAUGAGAAACUUGAGCCUGCUACUGCUAAAAUGAUGCUUAAAGGCAGUGCUGACAGUCUGAACAGUGCCUUCCAUUUAAGCUACAACAUGCUCUUGAAUCAAAUGCGCUCUGAAGAUGGAGAUCCUGAAAAUUUGCUGCGCAAUUCAUUCUAUCAGUUCCAAGCUGAUCGUGCCAUUCCUGAUCUUGAGAAACAAGUGAAAGACCUUGAAGAGGAAAAGAACUCGAUGAUAAUUGAAGAAGAAGAAAAUCUUAAAAAUUAUUACGAUCUUAUUCAACAGUAUAGAAGUUUGAAGACAGAUGCACGCAAUAUUGUUUUUUCUCCAAAGUACUGUUUACCCUUUCUGCAGCCAGGUAGAAUCCUAUGUAUGCAGUGCACAGCUGAUGAAAACUCCCCAUCUUUCUCUUUUGAAGACCACCUGACAUGGGGGGUAAUAAUCAGUUUUGAACAAGUCAAAAGCUUUUCUGAAGAUGAUGCAAGUAAAAAGCCUGAAGAUUCAAACUACACAGUUGAUGUUCUUACAAGGUGUGUUGUUAGCAAAGACGGACUUGCCAAAAAAAGCAUCAAGACUGUUCCAUUGAAAGAGCCUGGAGAGCCUCUUGUGGUUUCUAUUCCCAUUUCUGAGAUUGCUAGUCUGAGUAGUGCUCGAUUAUACAUGCCAAAGGACCUUUUGCCUUUGGAAAUACGAGAGAACACCUUAAAGCAGGUUAUAGAGUUUCUUUCUAGAAAGCCUGCUGGACUGCCACUAGAUCCUGAAGGAGACAUGAAGAUUCAAAGUAGCUCAUACAAAAAGACAAUCCGUCGGAUUGAGGCUUUAGAGCACCUAUUUGAAAAACAUGAAAUUGCCAAAUCUCCUCUUAUCAAUCAAAAACUUAAAGUUUUACAUAAGAAGGAAGAAUUAAAGGCCAAGAUUAAGUCAAUCAAGAAAACUAUGCGUUCUUCCACUGCUUUGGCCUUUAAAGAUGAACUUAAGGCCAGAAAAAGAGUUCUCCGGAGGCUUGGGUAUGUAACAAGUGAUGAUGUAGUAGAGUUGAAAGGAAAAGUUGCUUGUGAAAUUAGUAGUGCCGACGAGUUGACCCUGACAGAGCUUAUGUUCAACGGCGUCUUAAAGGACAUAAAGGUGGAGGAGAUGAUAUCUCUGCUUUCAUGUUUUGUGUGGCAAGAGAAGCUUCAAGAUGCUGGGAAACCCAGGGAGGAACUUGACUUGCUUUUUGCACAAUUACAAGAUACAGCUCGAAGAGUUGCCACACUUCAGCUUGAAUCCAAGGUACAAAUUGAUGUCGAGAAUUUCGUAAACUCAUUUCGUCCAGAUAUUAUGGAGGCUGUAUAUGCAUGGGCAAAAGGAUCGAAAUUCUAUGAAAUCAUGGAAAUCACACCAGUUUUUGAGGGAAGCUUGAUCAGGGCAAUUAGGAGAUUAGAAGAAGUUCUUCAACAGCUUAUACAGGCUGCAAAAUCUAUUGGUGAAACAGAAAUGGAGGCUAAAUUUGAAGAGGCCGUCUCUAAAAUCAAGAGAGACAUAGUGUUCGCAGCAUCGCUAUACUUGUAGCUAACAAGAGAUUGUAGUCCCUUAAUGAGUCUCUGUGCAGUCGCAUAUCUUCUAGAUCACUGCAAGCAGAUUCGGCAAUACCUGUUUCCUGGUAGUAUCCAAAGUAUUACCGUUUUGCAAUUUGGUGACUAGUAUUUGAUUCAUUUUUAUUAGAUUAUUACACUUUAAUUUAUUUCAAUAAGAGGUUUUCUUUUGGCAAAAAAUGCAUACGUGUCGGUCGGAGUUUAAUUUGUUUCUUUUGGCCACAAAAUUUAUCAUGUAUGCAUGACUUGGCCUAAAAGAUUUCUGCUGAAAUGAGAUUAUGCAUAUGUGAUAGUUUUUGAGUGAAAAACAAGCAAAGUUUGAUUGCUUGUGGCAAAAGUAAAUAAAACCCGCCUGUCACGUAUGUAGUUUGAACCAAAAACCUCUAUUUAAAAUGAAAUUAAAGUUUAGUAACUAGAAUAAAAUGAAUUAAAGUUUGUUCAUCAAAAUGUCAAUUGUCUUGUUUUCUGCUACUGCGAGCAAAUGGAUAUGAAACCAAUGUGUCGACGCCAGAUGAAGAUGACCCGAUGACUUGUGAGUUACUUGGUGAAACACUUAUGCCUGCUCGAUGAGCUCCUUUUUGAAGCAUCCUUCCUCGAGUCGAGCUUAUUUUGUAAUUCAAUAACAAGUAUUUAUCGUUCAAGUCAAGAUAUAUUGGGAUCACGAGAAAUUUUGUACGAGUAACUAGGUUUUUUCUGUGCUUGCUUUACUUUGAUUGUUUUUAGCUGUUAGUGUCCUUAGAAGAAAGUUGAGAGAGGUGGUUAAACACAAUAGAGAUUCUAAUGUCAUGUAUUCAGAUGAUAGCAAAUAUAUGAUUAAUGUAUAAUCAUCGGAUUGAAGAAAGCUUUAUGAAUUCUUAAUGUAUUGUGGUAGUUGAUGAUUAAA